GUAGCGGAACUGUGCACAUCAGGUGGGGAAGUACCGGGGCCCUAGAAGCGCCCUGAGUGGGCCUGGCAGGGUGGGAACACCUUUGUACUGGACAUCACAGCCCUGCUGUGGAAGGCUGCUUGAAGAACUCAGCCCUUAGGAGAUGGAGGCUGAUCGGUGAGGUGGUUGAGAAGCAGGGAAGAGGGGGUGUCUUUUUGAGGAUUGGGGUUGGCUUCUCCUCGGUGCACUGCAGUGGGAAGAGGGGAAGGAAUACCUAACUAGGUGAGCCUGUGCUUGUAGUGACAGUUGUAACGCUCCGUAGUCCAGUGAAGUUGUUGUUGCCCUUUUAUGGGUAGGCAGGUGAGGAAAUGACCGCUCAGAGCCACCCUCAGUGCUAUGGGUCUCCGAGAAAUAUUGCUGAGUGCAGGUAGGGGGGGUCGGGUUGUGGGGAGGCAGAUUCCCCACUUUGAAAUGUGUCGGGGGGUCCCAGGGCCCCCACAUACAUCACUUCCUUCCUCCAAUCCGGAUUCUUGGAAAGUGCUAUGUGUGUUGGCCGGAAGUCCUGUGGUCACAGCCCCCAGGCUGCAGGGCCCCACCCCAUGGGCCCUCCCUGCCUCCUCUUGGGUCUGCUCCUGCUGGCCCAGGCAGUGCCGAAGCAGGCCUCCCGGUUUGACCUGGAGUACUGGAACCCCAACAACCGGUGCUGCAGCAGCUGCCUGCAGCUCUUUGGCCCACCCGCCUGCCCAGAUUACGAGUUGGAGAAAAGCUGUGGGCUUGAUGACUCCGGCCACCACCUAACUCCCUUCAGAGAAUGCCCUCCUGGGCAUUGUAACCUUUAGGGCGCAGAGCUGUGCAGGCCAUGCGGUCGCCGAGCCUCACUGGAACCCAGAGCCGCGAGGCCCCAGGAAGCCCUGCCCGCUGUCACGUGGAAAAGGAGCACCCGGAGUGGGAGCCGGAGCCUGGCCCCCCAGCGCCUUCCUGGAGUCCUGGGCGGCCCCCAGCCACUCCCCAGGCUGUGGUUCUGGGCAGGCGCAGCCAGACCUGGCCCUGCUCCUGGUCUCACUCCAGACCUUCUCGCUGAUCCUCCUGCUCACAGUGCUGCGACAGUGGACAGUGUCGCCACCUCCCCUUGCUGAGGUGGGUGUGAGACCGCAGGGGAUACCCGCUCCCCCAGGCCCCUGGCCUCCUCAGGAUCCCAGAAUGCAGCAGAGAUGGAGCCUGUGGUGGUCUCCCACUGCCCUCC